AUGGCAGCAAGUCCAGCGGCACGGAAGCGCUUAACGCGCGAGUAUAAGGCUAUUAUGGAAAACCCCCCACCCUACAUUCAGGCCCAUCCUUCAGAAAACAACAUCCUAGAAUGGCACUACAUCAUUACAGGACCCGAGAACACCCCGUACCACGGCGGCCAGUACUGGGGCACAUUAACCUUCCCACCCAAUUACCCCUUCGCGCCGCCGGCGAUCCGCAUGCACACGCCGUCGGGCCGCUUCCAGCCGUCUAGUCGACUAUGCCUGUCCAUCUCCGACUUUCACCCUCGCUCCUUCAACCCGGCCUGGGAGGUGUCCACCAUCCUAAUCGGCCUGCUCUCGUUCAUGACGUCCGAGGAGAUGACCACGGGGUCUGUGUCGGCCAGCGAGGCCGAGCGCAAGCAGCUGGCGUUCAAGUCGCGGUGGUGGAACUCGACCGGCGGCGGGUCGCAUAUCCGCGGCGAGCAUGGCGCCGCGGGGAAGAAUAAUAUUCGGGCUGGCGACGGCGGAGCUAAGUUCCGCCAGGAGUGGCCUGAGCUGGAUGAAGAGAAUUGGAAAUGGAUGCGCGAGAACAAGAUUGACCCCGCCACGGGGAACAAAGUUGUUGAGCCUAGUACGGCGCCUGCCCCGGCUACUCCGUGCGGUCCUCAGCUAGGGCUGCCCGCUGGGAGUGGCCAUCAGGCACAUGCUGUGGUUGAUGCAGUGAGGCAGCAGCGAGAUGCGGGGCAGAGCUGGAUCUUUCAGAAUAAGUUGUUCCUGGCGGGAGCGGCUAUCUUUAUCUACGUCUUGAUUGCCCGCCUGGUUGGGGAAGGUGUUGCUUGA